AUGGAGGAUUUCAUUGCGACGCAAACUCACUCUAUGAUGGAAUGCUUUGUGGCUACACAAACUCUUCAGAAUGAAGAAUUUAGAAAACAAAGUCUUUAUACAAAUGAAACCCUUAGGAAACUGAACACUGUGGUCGACUCCCUCGUCACUCACAACGAGGCAUUAGAGACUCAAAUCUCCCUGCUUGCGCAUACACCUCUAGAACCAUUCCCUGAGAAACAUGCGGAUAUUGUAACAGUAACCAGUGAAAAAUCUACCAAAAAUCCUAAGGAGAGUGAUAAUGAGGAGGAUUCAGGUGAGAAAAGAGUAGAUAUUGAGAAAGAUCUAUCGACACCAACCAAAAGGGAGGUUGUCGAAGAGGUAGAGAAGGAAGAACUAUGUGUUGUUCCUCCUCCCUAUGAAUCACUAAUUCCUUUCCCGCGAAGGUCGGUGGAAGUAAAGGUAGACCCCAAAUCCGAAAGGUAUGAGGAGCUAUUGGAAAAUAUCCACACCAAUGCACCUUUAUUCGAGACCCUGAAUAAGAAGAGAAAAUUAGAAGACCGUGAAACUAGGGAACUCAUUAGGGGCAAGUUAGACUCUGAGGUGGUGGAUGAAAAAAUUGAACCCAAACCUGAAAAGCUAGCUCUCAGGAUAGAGCCAGAACCACCACCACAAGCCUGUCCUGUUAAUGCCGCUACAUUUAUGAUAGCUAACCUAGACCGUAUGGCGCAAGCUAACCAUUGA